UUUGCUGCUCUUCAGAGGGGGCAGCGGGCUGGGUUUCCGAUCCGCGUUCCUGUUUGUACCAACACUUCUUGUUGUGUUGCUGUCGGAGCUGAAAACAUGUGCUACAGCGUUCAGCCAUGUUAACAGAGGAGCCUGUGAAGUUAAACUGUGACAGAUUUUCUAAGCUUAGGACUUGAAAGACUUGGCUGCUGUUACCAAGACAACUCCUGAAACAUGGUGGAUUACUAUGAAGUUCUGGGAGUGCAGAAACAUGCCUCAGCAGAGGAUAUCAAAAAAGCGUACCGUAAAUUGGCACUAAAGUGGCACCCUGAUAAAAAUCCAGACAAUAAAGAUGAGGCGGAACGGCAAUUUAAGCAAGUAGCUGAGGCCUAUGAAGUCUUAUCAGAUGCUAAAAAACGUGACAUCUAUGACAGAUAUGGAAAAGAAGGCCUAAUAAAUGGAGGUGGAGGUGGAAAUCAUCACGAUAAUCCAUUUGAUUUUGGAUUUACAUUCCGCAACCCAGAUGAUGUCUUCAGGGAGUUUUUUGGCGGACGGGACCCCUUUUCAUUUGACUUCUUUGAAGACCCUUUUGAGGACUUCUUUGGAGGCAGGCGGGGUCCAAGGGGAAGCAGAAACAGAGGCGGCGGAGGAUCAUUUUUCUCUGCCUUUGGUGGAUUCCCUGCUUUUGGAAGUGGUUUCUCUCCAUUUGAUGCAGGUUUUACUUCAUUUGGCUCACUGGGACAUGGAGGCCUUACUUCAUCAUUCUCCUCUACGUCAUUUGGUGGCAGUGGGAUGGGAAACUUCAAAUCAGUAUCAACCUCAACUAAAAUAGUUAAUGGCAGAAAAAUUACUACAAAGAGAAUUUUUGAGAAUGGACAAGAGAGAGUAGAAGUUGAAGAAGAUGGCCAGUUAAGGUCGCUAACAAUAAAUGGGGAGGCAGAUGAAGAAGCGUUUGCCGAGGAGUGCAGACGGAGAGGACAACACGCGCUGCCCUCCCAGCCGACCACGCUUCGCCUGCUGAAGUCUCACAAGCCUGCCAGCUGCCCCCGCUUUGCCAGCCAUUACAAUAGUGAUGAGGUGGAAGAACAAGAUAAAAGCCGGGUUACGAGCAGCUUCGAGGCCCCUUUUUAUUUAUCAGGAUACAAAGAAGGCAGCAAGAGGAGGAAGCAGAAGCAGAGAGAGGAGCUGAAGAAGAAGAAGUCAACCAAAGCGAGUUACUAAAAUGGACUUCUCUGCUAUGGCAAUACCUUUAUAAUAAUGACAACUUCAUGUUACCUUCAAGCACACCUCUUUUGUGUAUAUUUUUUGAUUGUUCACACUGCUACCAAGGAAGUGACUCAUGUUUAAAACUGUACUAAAAUUGCACUAUGUUAUUCCUUUUAGUUUCACGGAAUGGCUUUCUUGCCCGUUCAGGUUAGGGAAUUCAGACAAGGCUGGUUGUGGUUAGAAGUGUGUUGUUUGAAGAUUGGAAAGCGUUACAGAAUUUCUUACCUCUUCCUUCCCUGGGACUAAGACAACGCUAGUUUAGUAUUUGUUAUGUGUCCUGUAGGAUAUAAAAGGCAAAUGCCUGCUUGUUUGGUCACUGGCAUCAACAUCAGGCCUGUUGAAAGCAGAGUCCUGUUCACUCAUGCCAUUGGGAGUGGGACUGAGACAUGAGCUCUUUUAGGGUAAUUUAUGCAAGAUUAAUAAGUGACUUUUAUGGUUGGGUUUUUGGGGUUUUUUUUCCCCCCAGGCUGGGCAGUUCUGCCCCUGCUUUUAUAAUGUUCCCUCAUAUUAAGUUGUAUCAUGAAGUUAUAUCCUCUGAUUUUAAGAAAUGUAGUGUAAUGAUGGUCUCCUGUAAGCACUCCUACUGAUUUCUCUAGGCUUAGUUGACUCCUGAUGAAUCAUUUAGUGAAAUCAUUCCUUAUUUUAAAAGUUUAUUUUCAGAACCUAGAGACAAAUCAUCCAAGUGCUACUUUAAAACUGCUCUUUGUUUCUUCUGAGUAGGUUUUAGAUAACAAACAUUUUUUCAGCAUCCAUUUUAGAUUUCAUCAACUUGUUUCUGCAAAAAACUUAUACCUUUAUGUAUGAAAGCAUUUGACAUCGGUUUUCCUGCAGGACUAAUUUUUUUUAGCUUGAAAAGAUGUCUUGUCUAAAAUAAAUACACAUUUCCUGGCAAGAUGACUUCCUUGCUUCCCAUACUUGUCUCAUGUGCAUGACACAUUGCUUCUCUUAACCUUUUAGUGUGUACAGAGCCCCUCUGUUGCCUUAAGCAUUUACCUGCAUGUUUCAUGUCAGUGUGUUGUCUCCUUUUUUUAACCUCCAGGUAGGAGUUAGCAGCUUAUGGUUUUGUUUUGUUUCUUUUGUCUUCCUCUUGCCAAUAUGUUGUUGAUGUAACAGCCUUAAACCUGGCAAUAUUGAAAGUCCACAGUUCCUGGAGAAGCUCACUCAUCCUAACGUUUCAAAGAUGUAGGAAUGCACAUAAUUGUGUAAGAGAGGAGCUAAACAGAAAAAGCCAAGUCUGCAUUCUAGCAUGGUUUGAUAUAACAAAUCCUGGUGUCUCUGGUAUCUGAAUGGUUUAGCUUCAAUUCCCCAAUGUAACCCUCUGCAGGCACCACAUAACAUGCAAUAACCAUUUCUGAACUCUCUUAGGGUCUGUAAAUUACGGUUAAGAUCAAAUAAGGACCGAGUACCGGUUUUCUGUCACUUAAGUACCACUUUUUUUUUGUGGAGUGUUACUAAUAUUUAAAAAUAAAGAAAAUCUUCCUUUAUACUUUGUCCUCUU